CCUAACUCCAACUUGCCUGAUGAUAAAUGGGACAACCACCUAACUCACUCGAGAUUUGAGUCAUGUUAUUUACCAAGUUAAAUGCCAAGAUAAAGACACUCGGGUGUUUAGAAUCCACCAGAAACCCACACCAAAAGGGAAACAUCUCCAACUUCUUCACCUUUCCAAAAUGACCACUAUUCUCGACAUCCCAGACACCAACCCCCCAAACCCCUUCACCACCCCAAUCCGAGCCCUUUUACUCUCUACCAACCCACCCUCAACGCCAAACGAGACAGCCACGCACCUAAUCAACACAGUCACCACCUCUCCAAACCCCGCCCACUCCCUCUGGCAACUCUGGGACGCCUUCUUCACCGCCGUCGCCACCUCAACAACAACACACGCCCCGCACCUCGCCCUCCUCCACGUCCUCCGCGCACAACCACCAACUCAACCUACCCAUGUCCGCGCAGGCUCCAACGCACAGCGCAACCUCCGCAGCUAUCUCGGGCCAGACGGCAAACUCAACUGGGCGGCCCUUCCCCGUUUUAGCGCACAGUGGCGCGACGUGCACGAUAUCCUCCAGGCCUGGCGCGACUGGGACGGGGUGCGUGGUUCCACUUCCUCCACCACCACCACCACUACUACUACUGCGGUAAGGAGCAGCAGCAGCGGCGGCGCAGAGUACUUUCUCCGCUUCUGCGCCUUCUCGGCUGCGCUGCUGAAAAUGACGAAUGGGCAAGGCGAGGGGGUGCAUCCGAUCUGCGUCUUUUAUGCGUGUCGUAAUGUCCUAGAGCGGCAGCGUGAAGGACUGGACCCGGAGGGGCAGCAGCAGCCAAUACCGCAUAGAAUCCCGUUGGAGGAAGUCUGGGCGCUGGAUGUCCGGGUUGCGGCGACGUGGGUGCGGGAUGGGGCUGUGGCGCUGUGGGAGGCAGAUGGUGAAGAGCUUCGGCGGCAUUGGGGGGCAGCAUUGGAUGAGAAGACGGAGUUGUGGCCGGGUGAGGAUGGGCUGACGCGGGAGCGGUGGGAGUUGUGGGAGAGCAGGCUGCGGGAGUUGAGUGCUGAGGGGGGAGGAAUCAUGGACGGGGAGACGAGGACUGUGGUUGUGGAGGCUGCUGAGGUGGUUAGUGGUCUUCUGACGAGGACUGACUGA